UAAGAAGCGCGGUGGUCAAAGGUCUCCUGCUGGAUGUUCCGAACCCGUUCCAGCCUAUAAGCCUGUCGCUGGACGUUGACAGAUCUAGAGCAUCCAGCAAGCCUUGAAACUACCGUACCAAGCCAAAACCCACCUAAACUGACUGUCUUUUACAUAUUUCUGGGAGCAUAAUUCCGGUAGCAUUGCAGAAGACGAGAGAUAAUUUGGCCCUCUCCUCGGCAUUUUCGGCAGUGAAUGAAGCCCGCAGGGCUGUGCACAUCGCCAUAACCCGACAAAAUAUCGGUAGUUGCAUAGGGGCUACAACUCUCCUGUCUCCAUAUCGCUGUCAAAUUCUGGUGCAAAACCGAGGAAUGAGCAAGCGCGGAGCAGAAGAUACCACAGCCCCAGGGAACAACGGCCUACCUUCCAAACGGUCCCGGGUCUCCCGAGCGUGCGAUCAAUGCCGAAUAGCGCGUGAAAAAUGUGAUGGGAAAACUCCCUGUUCCUCUUGCGCCCUGUCUCAAAGGGCUUGUUCAUAUACAGCAAACCCGAAGAAGCGAGGCAUCCAGCCAGGAUAUAUCCGGACAUUGGAGCUUGCGUUAACAUGGCUAUUCAAUCACUCCGAUGCGGAGUCAGUUCUGAACAGAGAACUGUCUGAGAAAGGAACAGCUUCGGUCCUGUUACAGAGGGACUCAAAGGAAUCAAACCGACUACACAAAAGCUGGAGGAAAAGCAAAUUCUGCAGAGAUGUGAAUGCAUUGCUUUCUAGAGGAGAAAAUCUUGAAGGAUCCGCCAGGUCUCCCAGCCCAGAUAGUGACGACCAAGAAUCAAACGCGGGAACAUCUCUUCAUCUGGAGUCUACUGCGCUUGACCACACCCGGCAGACUCCCUUGACGACACAUCCCACUCAAGGAGAUAUUGCAGCUUUCCAUAUCCCGGAGCAGCAGGGGCGUCAUCAAACGCAUUAUCGCGACCGAUGCUCGGAAGCUUCCAGUGACCACCAUGGUCAGACUAUCUCGCUACCUUCCAACUUUUGGCGAUUGUUCGACAUCUACUUCUCCUACACUCAUAGUUGGUUCCCGAUUUGCGAGAAGUUUCGUGUCCUCAAGCUCUCACACUCUUAUCCCGAAGUGGGCCUGCGCCUGCGGCCAAACAUGCUGGACUCUGGAGACCACGCUGAGUUAUGGGGUAUAUUAGCUCUGGCGUCACUUCAGGAACACUGCCAUGGUGCCAAUACGUUUGGAGGCUCUGCUUCUAACGCAAAGCGAGCUUACGACAUCGCCCAAUCACUCGUUUCAGAUCCGACAUCCUCGCAGAUUGGUCACGCGAGAACACUCCUUCUGUUGUCUCUUUUCCACGUAACCCGGUCGGAGCCAGAUGUUGCCUGGAUGUCGUUGGGCCGCGCUUCUAGGAUUGCAAUUGCAUUGGCCCAGCAGCCUUCUCAAGUCUCCAAGCUUGAGCAUGUAACAUCAGGAUGCGUUUUGCUGGAUCACCUUGUUUCGAUGCAGAUUGGGCGGGCACCAUAUCUCCAGCUUUCAGACAUUGAACGCGUGGGCAGGGUUGAAGAAGAAGGAUUAGAGGAGUAUCAACCAUGGAGCGGAUGUAUGAAACCUCAACAUGUGAACUCCCUUCCGAGAGCGCCAGCGCUCAGUCUCAGCACAUACAAUUGCUUAGUUGACCUGGUCGGCGUAAUGAGCAUUAUUGCAUCUUCAACAAUCCCAGCGAGCGAGUCAGCUGCGAAGUUGGAUGCAUGGAAGAGCAGAUUACCAGUGCAGCAGAGACAGGUGCUGUCGGAUCAUCUCCCUAUUGCUGCUGCACCACCUGCUUUGUUGCUCCGGACGGUGUAUUGUUGCGCUUGCAUUGUCACCCUUCCAUGUCGUACUUGGGUAGAACGCUUCCUUGAAGUCUUGGAGCAUAUCAUCAAGCAAUUUGGCCGGAUUGCCAUGCCACCAAUUGUCCAUUGUCUAAUGGGUAUCCUCAAAAGGAGUACAGCAUUCCUAGCGGAUGAAGGGCUCAACGCUCGCCUCCGGAAUCUCCACUUGGGCUAUGAUUUCGCAAAGAGUCAAGAAAGUAACAAAGAAGGGACUGAGGACCACCACAAUUCAUCUCUGGUGGCAAUAGCUGCCAGUGGUCCAUCACAGCUAAAUUCAGCCAUGGAGCUCGCAACUCCAGAGUCGAUGCAGCCUCAGCUUCAUCCUUCUCACCAGUUCGGUGGUAGAGUAAGGUAGGACACACCUGUUUCAAGAUUUCUCUACAGGCCAGGAACCACCUGAGUCAACGUCAAGCGGUUCGCUGACCUCGCUAACAGUAUGACGCCCACAGUCAUGGAUGCCCGUGUGCCGCAUGUUGAACCAACCGCGCACUACUCCCAAUCCCAUUUCGAUCCGCACCAGUCCUCGCAGCGCUUCAUUGGCCCUCAAGUGAACAAUCCCGUCAAUCGAACUGUGAUGGACCCUCUGAGUCCAGGCGUAGGUCACGAUAUGGAAAGCUUCUUCGACGAGCUUACCUCCUUGGACGGCGCCAAAAGCCUGGAAACCCGCCGACGAUUCA